AUGGAGAUAAGUUUGUUUUGUGAUGAGCUGUGGCUUUCGAAUCCUGACGAAACUUCCCAUGAACCCAAACAACGCAUUUUAGAGAGGUGUCCUGGUUAUUCAUUUUACAACACUAAGGAAGACUGUGAACAGGCUAGUAUUAUUUGCUUUAAGAAGGAGUUGAGUUACAUUCCUGAACCUGGAUAUUUAGAGUAUCUCCAGUCUAAUAAUUUGAUGAACUUUAGGCUCAAAGCUAUUCAAUGGCUUUUCAAGUCUCGCAGUCGGCUGAAUCUCUGUUACGGAACUGUUUUCAACGCUGCAAAUCACCUUGAUCGAUUCAUAUCCAUGAACCAAUGCCAUGGAUGGAAAUGUUGGAUGAUUGAAUUACUGUCUGUGGCGUGUUUAUCAGUAGCAUCCAAGUUUACCGAGACGUCCGCUCCUUUAUUGCAAGAGAUUCAGUUGGAGGACCUUGAACAUUGGUUUGAAUCAAGCACAAUAAGGCGAAUGGAAUUGACCCUGUUACAGACUUUGGGAUGGCACCUUGGCUGUGUAACACCUUACUCUUAUGUAGAACUGCUAUUAUCCAAUGUUGACUCUCUCGAAUCUCACCUUCACAAUCAGUUAACCACCCGAUUCACUCAGCUUCUUCUCGGAGCUAUGUUAGAUUUCAAGCUGGUGGAGUUUCGGCCAAGUCUUAUUGCCGUAUCUGCUCUACGGUGCUGUCUAGAUAAGCUAAUUCCAUCGUCUUGUUCACACCUCGCCUCUACAAGUCUCCUCAACCAAUUUCAAAAGGAUGAUCUUCAUAAGUGUCAUAUGAUAAUGAAAUCACGCAUGGUAGACCCAUUAUCCAACAUAUUAGUCAGUGGGCAACUUCACAAUUGGCCUUCAAGUCCUGUCACGGUUUUGGUGAAGGAGCGAAUUGACAUCUAUGAUUCCCAAGUUGAUCUCUCUAUGUUCAAGCUGCCAGGUUCCAACAUCAAUACUGAAUCAUGCAGAAAGAGGAAGAGAUAUGUGGGCCAAGAAACCAAAGGGCCUGAAGAAGAAGAUGGCAGCGUUCAAGACUGCCAAGAAACAGUCGGUCGCUUUGACGAAGAAGCAGCCUGCUGA